AAUAAGCAGCCAUCCUCAGUUACCAUAAAAAGGAGCACAAAUCGUCCAGCUUCCGGUACACCAUUAACAUUUGCCUUCCUGCUCUGUCUUGUGGAGGUUCGACCUGCUGUAAACGAAGACAGAUGGAGCCCAUGAACUGGGGAGAAGGGGACACGAGCUAUGCCCACAACUCCGGUAUUCAGAAUGCUGAGCAGAACAGGAUGAAGCCCAUGAUAGAAGCCGCCAUAAUUGACUUAUGUACAAGUACCAGCACCUUGUUUCCCCGAAAUAUGGUGAUUGCCGACUUGGGUUGCUCCUCUGGAACAAACGCGCUAGUGUUGGUAUCGACUGCCAUCGAGGCCAUCCACAGUUACUGCAUUCAGUUCCAAAGGCAACCACCUGAAGUGUGUAUAUUCCUCAAUGACCUUCCUGACAACGACUUCAACAUGGUGAUAAAGAGCUUGGUCACGCUCCGGAAAAUUAAUGAGCCUAUUGUGGUGGCCAGUGUCACGCCAGGGUCAUUUUACGAGAGACUCUUCACUAGUGGCUCAUUACAUCUUGUUUGCUCGUCCAGCAGCCUGCAUUGGCUAUCAAAGGCUCCAGAAGUACUAACGAGGAACCAUAUCCCAGCGUACAACAUUGAUGAGCAUGCAAGACAUGAAAUGCUUCCUAUGAUCCAUGAGGCUUAUGCACAACAGUUUAAGAAUGAUUUCACACAUUUCCUAAAGCUAAGAGCCAAAGAAUUCCUCUCAGGAGGCCGGAUGGUUAUUUCUAUUACAGGAAGGCAGUCUGAUGGAAUGGACUCCAAACUAUUUCACAUAUGGGAAAGCAUAGUUCAGAUUCUAAGUGUUAUGACCUUAGAGGGUGUGAUUGACAAAGCUAAGUAUGAUUCCUUCUACAUGCCGAUGUAUGGACCUUCCAGUAAAGAGCUUAGGGAGAUCAUCCAAGAAGAGGGCUCCUUUUCAAUCAAGGAGAUGGUAGUGCGCGGCUUAACAAGUGGUGCAGACUCUGCGCUCUUCACUCCAAAAAUGUACAUGUGCCAGAUGCGAGCUGUGUUUGAGCCACUGAUUGUGAAACAUUUUGGGGGAGUCAUGGAAGAAUUUAUGAGGACCGCAGAGAGACAAUGGAGCCUGGACGGAAUCUUGAGAGAUCAUCUUGCUAGAUUAACAUGGCUAUGUGUAUCACUCGCCAAGUCAUGAUCAAGUAACUAGCUAGUUUGUCAGAUGUGGCUUCAUCUUUCAAGACAAUCCACAGUUGAUGAAAUUUGAACCACUGCUUUCUUUAUGAACAAGUAAUGUAUGCGUACUUUAUUAUGUAACCUGCACCCCCAUGUGUUACUGAAUGUUUUCAUCGAACCACAAGAAAUUUAUACUAGAUGA